CGGUCGGUCAACUUUGCUUGUUUUUGAGUUCGUCUUGUGCGUACUUCGCGAUCGAAUGUUUUCUUCGUGGCGGUUAAACAUUACUGUAAUUUGUACUUAUUUUCGCUUCGUCUAAAUAUGUGCAUAGUUAUAGCUUUCUAAAUUAUCCAAUGCUUUUUGUGUACAUCCAAAAUAAGAACAUGAGUGAUGUGUAAAUUAGUGAACAGAUGAUUUCAAACCAUAUGCUACGACUUCACGGCACAUUCUCUUUAGUUUCGUCGAGAGCAACAAAAUAUACGGCCGGCCGCACCGUAAACCGAGAUUUUAAAUGAGAGGCAACGGCGAGCUGAACGUCCUUCAGAUGAGUAAAAAUGUCAACAGAAGGAAGCGGAGAGACUCCAGCGGCCGUGCCGAGCUUGCCAGGCGCACCAGAGCACACGUAUCUUUUUCCGAAAUCAAAAGGUCAUUCGAGAUCGGUAAGUCAUGGAGGAGUGCCCACGUUGGGGAACCCCGCCAGCGCACGACCGGCGCUCAAGUCUGCCAUGCGAGGCCACCAGCGGGCCCUGUCGCACGGCCAGAUCGGGGAAGGCGUUCGCGCGUCUUCGGGGCCCGGGCACAGCCGCGCCGGUAGCCGCACCGACUUCAUCCUGCCGCCGGGACACCGCGAGCCCGUGCCCGCCAGCGCCCUGCCGCGGCUGUCCUCGGUGCGCGGGCACUCGCGCCAGGCGUCGCGCUCCGACUCCAUCUACACCCUGCGACGCGCCUCCGUGGUCGCACCAUGGCGCCGCGCCGUGUUCUGGCUGAUGCGGCGCCAGCAGCCCGCCGUCGACAACAGGCACCUGGUCGUCAUCCCCAACCACCUCAUCCCAGACAAAACACCCCCCAAGGACCACCCCAACGGACAGAGGUGCAAUAACAAAGUCAGGACUACGAAGUAUACACUGCUCUCGUUCUUGCCCAAAAACCUCUUCGAACAGUUCCAUAGGAUUGCCAAUGUGUACUUUAUUUUCAUAGUGUUAUUAAACUGGGUGCCAGAAAUCAAUGCAUUUGGCAAGGAGAUAGCAAUGCUGCCAGUGUUGUUUGUGUUAGGAGUGACCGCCAUCAAAGACUUAUUUGAGGACCGCAGGAGACACCUGUCCGACAAGAGAAUUAAUAAUUCUUUCUGCCGAGUCUACAAAAAAUCAGUAGGUUACGUGCGAGUGAAAUGGAGAGAUGUGCGAGUGGGAGAUCUAGUCCACCUGUCGAACAACGAAGCAGUUCCAGCUGAUAUGGUGCUGCUACACUCAUCCAACCCGCUGGGCAUCUGUUACUUAGACACCUGCAACCUGGACGGUGAAACUAACUUGAAACAGAGGGUUGUGGUGCCUGGGUUCAGAGAAAAGCGAUUAGAAUUUUCACCGAAUAAGUUCAGAAGUUCCGUAGAAGUAGAGAGGCCGUCGACGAAAAUAUACAGAUUCACGGGCACGAUAUCACACCCGGACGGAGGCCGGGUGCCUCUCAACUCAGAGAACCUCCUGCUGAGGGAGUGUACGAUCAAGAACACAGACUACGUUGAAGGAAUCGUAGUAUACGCCGGCCAUGAGACGAAAGCGAUGCUCAAUAACGGCGGACCGAGGUACAAGUGUUCCAAAUUGGAAAAGAAGAUGAACACAGAUGUGAUAUGGUGCGUUUUAGUGCUGUUAUUUCUGUGUUGCGCGGGAGCGGUCGGCUGCAAAGUGUGGCUCGACCAGUACAAACACUUACCGUCUGUGUACGCGCCGUUCAUCAUCUCCACCGGCACCCCAGCGUACGAGGGCUUGAUCAUAUUCUGGACGUACAUAAUAGUGCUGCAAGUCAUGAUACCGGUGUCUCUGUACGUUACGAUAGAAAUGACCAAAUUGUUGCAAGUGUACCACAUACACCAGGACAUAGAGAUGUACGAUCCUAUCACGAACACUAGGACUGAGUGUCGCGCGUUGAACAUCACUGAGGAGUUGGGGCAGAUUAGCUACUUGUUUAGCGAUAAGACAGGCACGCUGACUGAGAACAAGAUGGUGUUUAGACGGUGUACAGUGAGCGGCGUGGACUACGACCACCCUCCUGGGCCUGAGGCGGAGCCGUCGCCCACCCUACCGCCCAUAGUGACGCCAGUAACCAAAGUGUCCCCAAACAGGAGGUUGCUGCAGCAUCUGCGUGACAGCAACGAUGGUCAACAUACGCAAAAGGUCCGCGAGUUCCUGCUGAUCCUGGCGCUGUGCAACACGGUGGUGGUGAGCCAGCCGCACGUGGACGACAUGCAGCUGAACGGCAGCGACCACUUCCGCAGCCAGAAGGCGGCGCGCGCCAACGGCACGCUGCGCUCCAACGACAAGUACGCUAGAUUAACUGAAUCUCGGUCCACCACGCCGUCUCCGCCGCCGUCCACCGCGUCGCCGCUGCGCCUGCGCCUGCCCAAACUGCCCUUCGUCAGUCGAGACGACACCUCGUCCGAGCCCAGCACCUCCGCUGAAGUGCAGAUAGCGCGUUUCGAGGCCGAAAGUCCAGACGAGCUGGCUUUGGCUGAAGCGGCCCUGGCCUACGGGUAUGAGCUGCGCGGACGAUCUCCGGACGAAGUCGAGCUGGGCAUACGCGGCGAGCUGUCGAAGCUGAAGGUGCUCAGGGUACAAGAGUUCGACUCUAAUAGGAAGUGCAUGUCGAUUGCGUUACGAACUCCUAAUGGACAGGUGGUUCUAUACGUAAAAGGUGCCGACAGCACAGUGCUAGGCGCGUUGGCACCCAUGCGCUCCGGGUCCGCGGAGUCGGCCGCUUACGAGAGGACCCGGUCGCUGCUGUCCGAGUACUCGCGCGCGGGCCUGCGUACGCUGGUCAUGGCCAAGCGCACCAUGUCGCCCGCGCUGUGGGAGGAAUGGAUGGCUGGACAUACGCGCGCCUCUGAAAUUGGUGAAGGUAGAGAAAAACGUCUUCGCGAUUCGUUAGCGAGGUUAGAAAGCGCUCUAACCCUCGUGGGUGCGACCGGCGUUGAGGACCGUCUCCAGGAGGCCGUGCCCCGGACGGUACGCGCCUUGCUUGACGCCGGGAUCGUGAUUUGGGUGCUGACGGGGGACAAACCCGAGACUGCCAUCAACAUCGCCUACUCUGCCGCACUCUUCUCCCAGAGUGAUCGAUUGCUGCAUCUCAUGUCUCGUGACAAAGAACACGCGGAAUCGACGAUCAAGAACUACUUGGAGCACGGCGUGCUGGAGGCCGGCACGGGGCGCGCGCUAGUGGUGGACGGGCGCACGCUCACCUACAUCCUGGACCGGCGCUCGGGGCUCGUGGCGCCCUUCCUGUCCCUCGCCAAGCGCUGCUCCGCCGUGCUGUGCUGCAGGGCCACGCCGCUGCAGAAGGCCUAUAUUGUCAAGGCGGUGAAGGAAGAGCUAGGAGUCACGACUCUGGCAAUUGGGGACGGUGCCAACGAUGUAUCGAUGAUUCAAACAGCCGAUGUUGGAGUCGGUCUGUCGGGUCAGGAAGGACGGCAAGCAGUGAUGGCGUCGGACUUCGCGCUGUCGCGGUUCAAGUUCGUGGAGCGCCUGCUGCUGGUGCACGGCCACUGGUGCUACGACCGCCUCGCCAGGAUGAUCCUCUACUUCUUCCUCAAAAAUGCCACAUUCGUGUUCCUAGUGUUCUGGUACCAGCUGUACUGCGGCUUCUCGUCGUCGGUGAUGAUCGACCAGAUGCAUCUAAUGGCGUACAACCUCGCCUUCACCGCCUUCCCUCCCAUUGUUAUAGGUGCGUACGACCGCGUGGCACCAGCGGCUCUGCUCACGGAGCGGCCGGGACUGUACAGCGCGUCGCGGCGCGGGCUCACGUACCGCGCGCACUCGUACUGGCUCGUGCUGGCCGAGUCCAUGUACAUCAGCGUGGUGAUCUUCUUCACGUGCAAGUACGCGUACGCCGACACCGACGUGGACAUCUGGCUGUUCGGCCUGUGCAACAUGACGUGCUGCCUCGUCAUCAUGCUCGUCUACGUCGCUAUAGAGACACGCAGCUGGACGGUGAUACAACUGUUAGCGUUGGUGGGCUCGCUCGGUGCGUUCUUCGUGCUGACGCUCAUCUACCAGACGAUGUGUCUGUCGUGCUUCCGCCUGCCCUCCACCUACUAUGUGAUGCACCACGCCAUCGCCGACCCCAUCUACUGGCUCGCGGUCAUCCUCACCACCGUGACUGCGCUAGCACCCAGGCUAGCGUACCACGCGGCGCGCAACUCGGUGCGCCCCGGCGCCCUGGGCCGCGCCGUGCUGGCCCGCAGACGCCGCGCGCGCCCCUACGCCGCGCACUACCACACGCCCUCCGCCUCCGCGCACGUCUACAGGCCAACGGACGAGGACGGGCUGCAAAAGCCGCAAGAGAACGUAGCGGCGAUCACGUGACAGCGCUGACGUCACGCACUCGCUUACAUUUAACCCUAGGCUGUGAUCUGUCAUUAGAACUAAUGUAUCAUAACGUGUAACGUAGGUUUAGUAUUGUGCUUUUAUACAACGCGGGACCAAUGCGUCAGUCGUCGCUGGCAGUGCGCCGCGCCGUGCCUUCCAUGUCAUACUAGGAUUAGUGACGCGUAACAUUUCUUUUUUUUUUGUACAUUUUUUUGUCUAUGGUACGCAAAAUGCUCAGACUAAUUACAUAAGGACCUGCUUCGCUAGACGUUACUUUCUGUCAAAAUAUAUGAUCAACGAUCUAAUGCUAUUAUAGAAUCGAUGUUUCGUAGUUGUCAUCGUGUUCAUUGGUUAAAAAACUCCGUAAACAUAUAUUGUUGUGUAGUUGAAUGGUUUAAAAAAUCUAAGCUCAUUUUCCUUACGAAAUUACAAUUUUGUUUGUGAAUUUGGGUGCGAUACUAGUCCUUAUGUACUUAAUUAGUCUGAGGCAAAAUGUAUGUAUUGUGUAAUUUUUCUGACAUCUGUCAUAUUUUUAUACUCUGCGGAACGAAAAAUAUCUCGCGGCGAAAACAUGAACUAAAAUUGACAGGCCGGACACUCACUAAACCAACACAAAAUCAUGUUAAUGUUGUUUGUUUUCGUUACGAUAAUAGCAACGUCUCAAUUUUAUAUAACUCAAAACCGUAAAGCCAGUGUAUAUAAAAAAAAUCCGUCUGCGGGACUUGUUUCGUGGUGCAGACUGUAUACAAAAUUUUGCGUACAGUUAUACCAGCUACAUUGUCAAAUAGUGACGUUUGUUUUUGUGUUUGGUAUGUUGGUAACUCUCGGAAAAAUUACACAUUAUGACACUUAUACUGCGUCGAAGUAACCACGAUACUUUGAUUAUAAUAUCUUGUAAAUUACUUUGUUAUUAGUAUUAAUCUAAAAUAGUUACUUUACACAACUUUAUUUAAAUGUUAGACCAAAAGGGCUCUUCAGCAAUCAAAUUUCCGUGCUGGGGGUCUUGAUUGUUCCAGUAUUUUUGCAAAGUAUUUAUUUAAACAUUUAUAGCAUUACAUUGGGGCAAUCAACUAUGUAAAACAGUGGGAAGUUCUUACCUACUAAAAGCAAAGUUACUAGUCUUUCAAUGUUGUCUGUGUUGUCGAAGUUUCUUGACAUUUUAUAGGUGUUAUCAAUAUUAUAACAAAAUAAUAAACCUACUUUCUAUAGCUAUAGUAGUGAGGACAUUGACAUCUUUGUCUCAUUUAUUAUUACUUUCAAUUUGCCACAGUCGUGCUAUCAAAGGCAAUCAAAUGGAAUUUAAUUUAUUGCCUUCAGGAAUUGACCAAUCAGUUUACUGAUAGAUCACGUGAUAAUUUUAUCGCGUUGUUUUCCUAUUAUCUGAUUGGUCGGUUAAUUUUAUUUAAACUCUCCACUGUAAUGAGGUAGGUUAGUUAGGUCGUUAGCCAUAGUUGAAUGCCCUGAAUGUAACUUAUUAUUCAUUACUAUGUGUUCAGUUUUUACAGUGUU